CUCACACAGGCGUGACCUCACAGGUAACUGACAGGUGACUGACAGUCACACACAAUCCUGGACCUGAAGAGGACCAAGUGAAAGUAUGGACUCUGCAGACUUGACUGAGCACCAGCUGCAGCCUGACGCUCCAAAACAACCAAAGUCCACAUCAGACUUUGACAGUCUCUCUCGUUGUGCCGCCUGCUACAACCCCAGGAUGAACUCCAUGACUUGGAGAGGGGAAGGCGGUGAGUCAAGCUCUUCAGCUGGAGACUCCGGUCCAGAAUUAAGCUCAGACUCAGAGUCAGAGUCAGAGUCCAGCUCCAGCAGCAGCUGGUCUGCUGUUGAAGAAACACCUGAGGAGCCUGAAAUGGAGACACGCUUAUCUGCACAUGAUGCUGAUGCAGAUGAUGCUGAGCCUGAAUCUGCAGGUGGGGAUGCUGAUGGACGGGAGGGGACAGGAGAGACGCUGGACCGGCAGCGAGGAGAGAGAGGGACCAAAGGGAGGAGUAAAAGUGCUCCACUCGUCAAGUCUUUGACCCUGCCUCCCUCUUUCACUCCUCACCUCAGACCUGUCUCCCUCCUGCCCCGCCCACGAACCAUGGUCUCCACCCUGCACCUGCAGGUGCUGCCCAAGGUUCACAAAGAUGACACCGUAAUCAACAUCUGCCAACAGCUGCCUAAGAGACACAAGGGAAAAUCUGAGGAACGUUAUGGAAGAGGUAAGGGAGGAGAAGACGGAGACGGAGGAGGAGGAGGAGGAGGAGGAGGAGGAGGGCAGCAGCAGCCAGGGAACUACCAUAAGCCACAACCAUUUCAGGUGGAACACAUGAUGUUACCAUGGCAACAGAGUUCACAACCGAUGUUACAGCAGCAGCAGCAGCAGCAGCAGAUGUCGUAUCCAUACCAACAUUUCCACCCUGUAUCAGCUCAGGGUAAAGAGUCAUCACCUGCUUUACACACACAACCUAUGUCACACCUGCUGACACCGUACACACAACCGCAACUGUGGAGAACCAACGCACAACAGACACAACAUCUGCACACACUCCCUCCACAGCCAUGCUGGUACUGUCACUGUCUGCACAACAAAGCUCCCGCGUCUAACUUUUGGUGAUUUUUGUUCUAGUUGUUGUUGUUGUUGUUGUUUUUCAUCUUCUUCUUCUUUCAGAUUCUUGCUUUUAGGGCCAUCACAGAGGAUCAUCUGCCUCCAUCUUGUCCUAUGCUUUGUGUCCUCCUUUAUUACACCGCCUGUCCUCGUGUCCCCCUUAACAACAUCUGUGAACCUUCUCUGUGGUCUUCCUCUUUUCCUCCUCCAUCUUCAACAUCCUUUGUCCAAUAUAAUCACUGUCCCUCAUUUCUAAACCGGUCCAUCUUGGUCACUCCCAACGGAAAUCUCAGCAUCUUCAGCUCCGCCUCCUGUCAUGAUUGAGUUUUUUUGAGCAGAAUUUACUUGUUUUUAUUUCUGUGUUUUCAGUCAGUCAGUCAGUCAGUCAGUCAGUCAGUCAUCAUUUAACGCUUUAUCCUCCACCAGAGGGUCGCGGGGGUACACCGGGGUACACCCUGGACAGUUCACCAGUCCAUCGCAGGGCCACACACACAUAGAGACAAAAAACCAUUCAUUCUCACACUCACACCUAUGGUCAAUUUAGGGUGUCCAAUUUACCUAAUCCCCAUAUUGCAUGUUUUUGGACUGUGGGAGGAAGCCGGAGAACCCAGAGAAACCCACACACACACGGGGAGAACAUGCAAACUCCAUGCAGAAAGGCCCUUGUUUCAACCAGGGGCUCGAACCUGUGUCUUUUCGCUGCACUACACCACCGUGUGACCCACCGUGUUUUCAGUCAUUGUGCUUUAAUAGCACAAUGUUACGUUUGCGUCCGUCUGUCUUUUAACCUGAAAUUUCUAAAAAAAAAUGUACAAUAAACUGAGUGAUUUCCAGUAUGCUAGUAUUCAUAGGUGUCCUGAACAAAACCUAGUCAGAAUUGAUGGAAAAAAUGUCUUUUUAUUGCAACUCAAAUUUCAGAUUUUUAGUGAGAGAGUGCAAAAAUAAUGUGGAACUUUUACUAGAAAUGUCUCUAAAACUGUUCUGUACAAAUAUAUGAUAUCCAGUAUGCUAGUAGACAUUGAUGUACUGAACACAACAGUCAGUCCUGGUCAGAAUUUGUAGAAAAGCAUGUUUUUAUUGAAACUCGAAUUUGAGAAUUGUUUCAAAUUAAAAAGGUUCUAAUGUUGGACUUUUACUAGGACUUUUAAUAAAACAGUACAGUGAAAAAGUCUGAUUUCCAAUAGACUAAUAGAUAUCAAUGUUCUGAACACAACGCUAUCAGUCUUGUUCUUAACCUAUAGAGCACUCUCUUUAAACAUUUGCAGGUGUUUAUAUUCUCAGUGAGUGGGUCAGGAUCCACAGAUGGGUUGCUGGAGAUUUUUUGGAGAAUUUGUCAUCCCUUUACUUAGGAUUUAUUCAAUUACACAAAAAAUGAAGUGAUUACUCAAAAGUGUUAUAUCAUAAGCAUUUUGUUUUUGUUUGAAAUUUGAAGUGACUUCUUCUUCUUUUCCUUUGGGCUGCUCCCUCUUCAGGGGUCGCCACAGCGAAUCAACCUCCUCCAUCUCACCCUGUUCUCUGUAUCCCCCUCUCUCACACCAACUAACUUCAUGUCCUCGUUCACUACAUCCAUAAACCUUCUCUUUGGUCUUCCUCUGGACCUCCUGCCUGGCAGUUCCAACCCCAGCAUCCUUCUACCAAUAUACUCACUAUCCCUCCUCUGUACAUGACCAAACCAUCUCAUUCUGGCCUCUCUGACCUUAUC